AUGAGUGUUCCCAUGGACGUUGUUGGCAGUGGGGCCCAGCCACCUAGUCGACUGCUACUGCCAAGAGCGGAUUCCACCACCAAGUCCCAAAGCUCAUCAUCCAAGUCCACCUCGUCUGGCUCUUCAACAUCUAAAUGUAAUGGUUCGUCUUGUACCAAACCAACUGACGACUCCCAAUCAUACGCGGUGGCCAUCGCUGUGGUUGUACCAGUGUUUGUAGUGUGCUUGGUUUUAGCAUUCGUCCUCUACAAAGUGUGGAAACGCGGGAAAAAGGAGGCAAGUGAGGAUAAUGAUCCAGAUUUUGAUGGAGAUGGCGAAUAUCUCCCGUCAGAUGAGCAAAACAUGAAAUUUAGGGAACUUAGCGCACCGGGAACGUUCACGGACAGCAAUUUCGAAGAUCUUGAGUUAAAAAGCCAAAGCCAUGCGACACCAUCCCAUGCGUGCACUCCUAACAAGUCUCAUUUCCCAUUGAACCCAUUCCAACUGCCACGAGGCGACGAUGCUGAGGAACUUCGGUCAUUUGCUCGCUCUGUGAAUAAUCAUGAGUUGGACGCUUACAAGCUUGCGUCUCGCAGCGUUAGCGAAGUGUCUCUUGUGCGGUCAGACAGAAUAUUUCAGAGACCACAAAUUUUGGCUCGUAAUGGUAAGAGUAGCUCUUUUACUAGCAGCAACAUGAUCUCUGUGGAAUCAGCUUCUAACUGGGCUGCAAACGAUGACAACUUAUCGACACAGUCAAGUGUUGUAAAUGGUGACUCAACCUCUGAGAUGGAAGACAGUCCAAUAAAACGAGCCCCAGGCGAAGUUAAACAGGGGUUCAUUACCAGUGCGAUUGGCUUAGACCCUGAGAAAAGUAACAGUGAAAGCAGAUCGUCUGAAAGCUUUGUCGACGCUUCUCGUGAGAUACAGGAAAUUAAUGAGGUGAGGUAUACCGGAAAGGAUGACUCAGAAGAAUUAUAUUUAAGCUCUAAAGAAGAGGAGAACAUCAAGAGAAUGAAAAGCAUUUACGAGGUUUACCUGGACCGAAACGGAACUGUAAGGACGGUGAGACCAUCAAAACAUGGAGAAGCUACUGACACCGAGCCUCAGAGCAAUGCCUUUGUCACGACCCGAUCCCUCCCACAGGAAGCACCAUUGACCAUUGGCCACGCCACAGAUCUGCAAAAUGGUCUGAAUGCACAGCAGUCACACAAUGAGAUUCCCACAACUGAAAAUCAAAAUGCACUACAGUUGCCUCGUACUGAUGACGAAGACCGUGCAGACAGAAGGGCAGUUUCCUCUAUAUACUCAGAACUACCCACGUUUCCUCCUCAAUCGGCACAGCCAGAAUACCAUGGUGGGCAACAACAUUACCAGGAGGAACACUACGUCCAACAGCCUCAGUACCAACCCGAAUAUCAACCUAAUUAUCAACAGCAUUAUGCUGGCGUUCCAGAAUCAGCUUAUGCUUACUCUGAGAUGGGAUCCGGCCCCCAGCAGUACUACCAUCCCCAAGUUUUAGAAAACAUCGAAGAACUACCCAAUCCAUCGAAUCUUCCAUUUCUCUCGUCCACAACUUCUCUUACCUCAUAUAAAAAGGCUGGAAAAUCAAAUUUGCAGCUUCAGGCGUCGAGUAUCAACGGUACGUCACUUAACCCCAUUGACCAUCCGGAAUACUUCUACAACCAAAUGUCAGGAAGCAACAUUUCGCCAUCGGGGACCACCCCGCAGAGCACGGGUCAAAACCCAAUUUUGCCACAUCACUUAAGACAAAGUGUAGUAAUGACUAACCCAGCCGAGCUAGCGUUCCCAAAAAUGCACAAGCCUGCCGGUUCGUUCAGAAACAUCAGUGCUGCAAAUUCCAGAAACAAUAGCAUGACUUCGCAGCACACAUUCCAGCAGUAUCAAUCGCAAUUAGCGCAUCAAAGAGUAAGUGGUAUACUGGAUGACCAUGACACUUUUCCACCCCCUCGUGUAGGCGGCAUUUUACCACACAGCGGAUCUCAUGAGGAGCUGAGAAAACAACUGGGCUCGUCGGAUAAUUACAAUACGUCAUGA